AUCAGAAACGUUUGUAGUUCACGAUCGGUGAAGUUGAUAAAUGGAGGAUUUGUGUUUGUCAAGGUAGUUUUGUUUACGCGAUAAUUUUCUCUCGGAAUCAACUCCUCGCGUGUUUCGUGUGUGCUAAGAGGUAGAUGAAGGUGCGUAACAGUAUCCUUCGGUUUUCGCAUUAAAAUUGACAGGAUUUAACAUGUCCCGUAACCACAAGGACAAGUAUGAAAAUUCUAAUCCACAUCGUACACAUACUAUCAUGUCCACAGAGGACGCAAACUCCGGAAAGAAAUCUUAUUGGCCGGAAUUGGAGAUAACAGGCAGUAUAAGAAAUUUAAGCCCAAAUUUAUGGCAAUUAACUCAUCUAACAGCAUUGUAUUUAAACGGCAAUAGUCUACAAAGAAUACCAUCAGAGAUAUGUCGUUUAACUAAUUUACGUGCUUUAGAUUUGAGUAGCAAUAAAUUACGCAGUCUACCUGCGGAAUUGGGGGAUCUCAUCUACCUCAAGGAGUUGUUAUUAAACCAAAACUAUCUUCGCGUGUUACCGUACGAAUUAGGAAAAUUAUUCCAGUUACAAGUGCUAGGACUUCAAGGUAAUCCUCUGAGCAAGGAGGUAAUGGCGUUAUACGGAGAACCAUCUGGAACCCACAAGCUGCUGUCAUACAUGUUGGACAAUUUACAAGGUAAGCUUCCUUGGUUUGCAAUAACACGUGUGUUAAAUCUCUCACCAUGAUUUUCUUACUUCAAUUCCAUAUAAAAUCGCGUUUAUAACAGGUAAGCAAUCUCUUAGCUAACUUUCUGAUCUCGGAUAAUCCUAAUCGAAGUUAGACUUGGUCUUCCCUUUCACAUCCAACUAACUAUUCCAAGAAACUGUGAUCCAGAACGAGCAAUGGCGUGUGUAAAAUGUUUUCAACGUCAAUGAAUGACCAUAAUUAUAGGUUUACCGUGUAUAUAUCAAAGAUAAGUGUACGUUAUCCUUGAAAUUGAUCAUUUAAUUAACAUCUCAUUGAAUCUUAUUAUUUCUUUCUCGUAUUAUAUUCUUAUUAAUUUCUAUUAUUAUAACAUUUUAAUUUUGAAAUAUUUUAUUUAAUUACAAUAAUUUUAAAUGUCU